AUGGCCUAUCCGAACGGUGUCCCUACUGCAGCUUGGAAAGAGUUAUUCGUGGCUGCUCAGUCUUUAGGUGCUGAUUCUUCUGGUUCAUCGAAACCAAUGUCAGCAGAAGACCGAAAGUUUUUGGAGGAGGCUAUGUCUGGUUUGGUUAAAACGUCGGAUCCAGUUCGCCAAAUGAUCCAACUCAUUAACGAUUUAAAACAGAUAAAUAACCCGUCGGAAGAGAAUAUUGAAAAGAUAGAAGUUAUUAUUGAUCAGCUGGAAAACAUUGUUUGCCAAAUAGACUGUGCCGUGGAUUUUUGUAAACUUGGCGGGAUGGUUGAAAUUAAAAGAUUUCUGGGGAGCAAAUGCAAUCCAGCAAGGAUAGAAGCAAUGAGGCUUUUGCCGACAAUCUUGCAGAACAACCCUCAGGCUCAGGAGUUUAUCUUGAAAACCGACCUUCUGCAAAUUCUUUUCUCAUUGGCGACUGCAGAAACGGAACCAUCAGAAAUCAAGAUAAAGGCCUUAAGUGCAAUUUCAGCAGCGGUAAGAGGACACGAUCAGGGUUACAGUGAUUUUCGUCGUCUUAACGGUUUCAAAACAAUCAUUAGCGUUUUCGAUUCUGCAGUCGUUGCUAAAGAUUGGAGUGUUGCUAAUAAGGCUGCAGUUACAAUGGUCAGUAUAGCAAAUGACCUGGGUUAUAAUUCAGCACUUGACCACGGGUUACCAACGGCUAUCAUCACCAUGUAUUCUAAGCUCCCUUCAAACUCCUCCUCUUCCUAUUUAAGAGAUUAUAUAUCACAGAAUAUGGAUUUGAAGAAAAUCGAUAAAGACAAUGGCAAGUUGAUUAUCAAAGGACUGGAACGCGACCUUGAAGACGAACGUGCGGCUGAGGAGCCAGACGAGGUAGUUCUAUCGCUUUACAGUUAA